AUGCAAUCCCUAAUCUCUGCAUUUCUUCUUCUCUGGGCCCUCGCCGUCUCCCCAGCCACCACCGUCCUGGCAUCGCCCGUCGACAAGCGCCAGAGCCUGGCCGGCGUGACACAAAAUGGCCUCUCGGGGUCGUGCAAGGGCAUGACGGUCAUCUUCGCCCGGGGCACCACCGAGCUGGGCAACGUGGGCUCCGUCGCCGGCCCGCCCUUUUUCCAGUCGCUGUCGGACAAGAUGGGAGGUGAUAUCGCUGUGCAGGGCGUGCAGUAUCCCGCCGAUGUCCCCGGUUUUCUCGCCGGUGGUGACAAGGGAGGAAGCGCCAAAAUGGCGCAACUCGUCACCCAAGCCAUGACUCAGUGUCCCGAUACAAAGGUUGUUAUGGCCGGAUACUCGCAAGGCGGCCAACUCGUGCAUAAUGCUGCAAAGAUGUUGCCGGCUUCCACCACUUCCAAAGUUGCGGCCGCCGUCAUCUUUGGUGAUCCGAACAACGGUGACGCAGUCCAGGGCGUUUCGAGUGCAAACACAAAGGUCAUUUGUCACACGGGCGACAAUAUCUGCGCACAUGGCGACUUGAUUCUGGCACCACAUCUGACCUAUGGCCGUGAUGCCGACACGGCAGCCUCAUUCGUUGCAUCUGCAGCGGCUUGA